CGUUUCUCGCGAAACGUCGACGUGACGUAAACACGAAAAGUGAGAAGUCAAAGGUGUUCUUAGGUUUUUCUCGUUAUUUUCGCUUUCGGAAAUUAUGACUUCCCAUUUAUCCAAGGAGGACAUCGAAGCCGUUUUCCACAGACUUAGGGCAAUUCCGUCCAACAAGGUUUGCUUCGAUUGUGGAUCAAAUAAUCCAACAUGGUCCAGUGUAACAUACGGUAUAUUUCUUUGCCUGGAUUGUUCAGCUGUGCACCGAAGUCUAGGGGUUCAUUUGAGUUUUGUUCGUUCAACGCAAUUGGAUACCAAUUGGACACCAUUGCAAAUCAGACAAAUGCAGUUGGGGGGAAACGCAGCCGCGAUGCAAUUUUUCAACUUGCACAACUGCAACACGAAUGACUCCCAAAAGAAGUAUAAUUCCAGAGCAGCGUCGCUUUAUCGCGAUAAGCUCAAUCAAGCUGCCUUAAGUUCGCUGAAAACAAAUGACCAGUUGCACUACAUUCAAGAAAAACAGGAACCGGCAGUAAAGGAACAGCCCGACUUUUUUGCACAACAUGAGAACUUUGGAAACAGUAAUCUAAUUGGAGAUUCUCAAAAAGGAAAAGAGGUAAAAACAGCCCAACAAAAGGAGAUUGAGAAACAAAGUUGUUUGGGAAACAGUUUGAAUUUUAAUGACAAACAAUCUAGUGAACCUAGGAAAUCUACACUUGGGACAAGAAAGGCAGCGACUAAGAAAAGCACGCUUGGUGUAAAACGCAGCGGUUUGGGGGGCGGUCUUGGUGCUACCAAAGUCAAAACAGAUUUUGCAGCGAUCGAAAGAAAAGCCGAAGAGCGGGCGGAACAAGAAGAGCGCGGCCGUAUUGAAGUAGAAAACGCCUCGCAAAAAGCUGCCGAAGAUGCUGAGCGGGCUGAAGCCACAUUGCGUCUUGCCUAUAGAGAACGGGAAGAUACUGUGAAAAAUGCUACUGCUGAAAAGGCAGCUCAGAUAGAGAGACUAGGAAUGGGGGUAUCGAAGGUAACACGCGAGGGUGUUUCUCAUUCGGCGCUAGGAGGUGUGGAAGUGAUUCAGCAGGAAAGACCUGCUGUAUCAUCAAAAACGAUAGACACCCUUGGCCGGUUAACCUUGAACGACAGUCCUGAUUACUUUGACGAUUACCUUAAUGGGGCUGGUGUUUAUGCGUCUUCUUUGAGUAAAGAUAGCUGGGUUGUUGUGGAUGAUCCUCCUGAACGAGAGCGUCGUACUCCAAUUGAAACUAUUAGCGAAAAGCCACGGGGGCGAGCACCCAAAAGCCAUCCGGAUGCGAGUUCUUCCGAUGAAGCGCAGCGGAAGUUUGGAAAUGCCAAAGCAAUCUCCUCUGCUCAAUUCUUUGGUGAUAAUGAACCCGAUGCCGAGACCAAAGCUAGCCUUAAUAGAUUUCAGGGAUCAAACAGCAUUUCAUCUGCGGAGUUUUUCGGUCGCAAUGAGGAAACGAGGUCAAGUUCAGCGGCGCAUCUUCCAGCAUAUGAUUUAGAGGAAGUGAAGGAAAGCGUGCGCCAAGGCGUUAACAGAGUGGCUGGUAAAAUAGGAUCUUUAGCCAAUGGAUUUGUCACAUCGCUUCAAGAUCGAUAUGCCCAGUAGCAGAAAAGAGUUGACCGAAAACCAAUCGCCAGCUGAUUAGAGCGCUGUUUAAUUAGUGCUUAUAAAUAGGAAAUCAUUUUUUAUGUUUAAGCUUAUAGAGUGUAAAUUUAGUAACAAAGGUUCCACUUGUUGCUGAUUUUUGUUAUAAGUUUGAAUCAGAAACUUAGAAAAUGAAUUGUUAUCUGCUUAAACGUCUAUCAUAAAUAAACCGGUGCAAUUUUUUUAAUUAUUUAACUUAUAUAAUAGCACAAGCAUAGAUAAUUAAUGACGGUGUAUGUAUGAAAAUUUGAGUCAAAUUGAAGAAGUAAUUAAAGAAAAGUCGUUCAAGUCUGGGUUCUCUCCAACCAAACACAUCGCGCUGCUUAUUGAUUAGCAAAAAUUAAAUGAAAAUUGAUCGCGCAAAAAAGUUGACUUUUUUGCGCUUAUUGAUUUUCUAUAUUAGAAUGGGAAGACAUUAGCAAUAAGCGUUUUGGAUCAAUUUAUAUUUUCAGGAGUUUAGAGUUUUAGCUCGAAUUUUUAACAUGCUUAUCGGCACAGGUUUUAUUUACUUUUUAUUAGUAUGAUGAUACGUUAUUAAUUGACAUAUCAAUCAUUUCUUUUAAAAUCCUAAAUUUUGAACUGUCAAUAUAGAAUGCUACUUGCAUUAAUUCCUUUGAAAUUAUUAGGUGUCGUUCUUUUAUGAAUUUUUGUAGCCAUUAAAUUAAUUUUAAAUACAAAACAGUAUUUAAAACUUAGCAAUGUUUGCUUACAAAUUAGUUAGCUACAUUAGAGUGGUUAUCUCAAUAAUUUAAUUAAUGAUGGUAUUCAUUUGCUUAAAAAUUACCUUCAUACUUUUCCAUCAAAUUGUGGGCUGAUGUAAUUAAACACUCAAAACUGGUGGCAAUCGCUUGAAAUACUUAUUAAUACUCCUUAUGCAAGUUAUUUAUUUGUUAAAUUGAUCUGUACAUCUAUUUUUUGUAAUUAUGUUGUUUUGUUCAUAUGGUUUUUAUUUUAAAGUGGCUUAUUCUUUUAUGUAACUCGCAUUUCGAAACUGCAAAGCAAGCACAGUUAUCACUCACCAUAUUUUUAUUUACAGUUUUAGCUAUUUUAUAUAGUUAGUUAGUAUGCAUUAUUUUAUAUUGAUGACUAAGUACAAGAAAAAUGGAAAUUAUAUAAACAUCAAACAAGUGUUUGACUAUGCUGCUGUUUUGGAAUAAAUCAUCCUAUCAUCA